CUGGAUGGAAGAGAGGGUGCACCCGGAGGCGCAGCAUGUGGGCACCCCCCCCCCCGCCCAGGCUUGCAGCACGCGUGAUCCCCUCCUUCCACGCCCACGCAUUGCCUGUUGCCCCUCCGUGCUGACCCCGUGUGCGCAACCCUAGGGUUGGGGGAGCACUGCAGCUCCCACGCUGGGAAAACGCCGGAAACCAAGCGGGAGAAGGGCACUUUGAAGCUUUACCAAAGGAUUAAGAGUUUGUUAAAUAGAGGAAGAGGGAAUGGGUGCGCCAGUUUGCCACAGGCCAUCAUGGCAUCAGAUGAAGGCAAGCUUUUCGUUGGAGGGCUGAGUUUUGACACCAAUGAGCAGUCGCUGGAGCAGGUCUUCUCAAAAUACGGACAGAUUUCUGAAGUGGUGGUUGUGAAAGACAGGGAGACCCAGCGGUCACGGGGUUUUGGGUUUGUCACCUUUGAGAACAUCGACGAUGCUAAGGAUGCCAUGAUGGCCAUGAAUGGGAAGUCUGUGGAUGGGCGACAGAUCCGAGUUGACCAGGCUGGCAAGUCAUCUGACAACCGAUCCCGUGGGUACCGAGGUGGCUCUGCUGGGGGCCGGGGCUUCUUCCGUGGGGGCCGAGGCCGGGGCCGUGGGUUCUCCAGAGGAGGAGGGGAUCGAGGCUAUGGGGGGAGCCGGUUCGAAUCCAGAAGUGGGGGCUAUGGAGGCUCCAGAGACUACUACAGCAGCCGGAGUCAGGGUGGUGGCUAUGGUGACCGGAGCUCGGGCGGGUCGUACAGAGACAGCUAUGACAGUUACGCUACACACAACGAGUAAAAUCCUUCCUGCUCAAGACCGUCCUUCCAAUGGCUGUAUAUUUAAAGAUUUUGGGAGCUUCGCUGAAUCGUUAAUGUGUAGUGAACACCCCUCCUUGUACCCACUUUUGUAGUCUUAUCAGUUCUGAUCUUCUCAAACACAGCCUGACUGCUUCUGACCCCAGAUGGCCUCGUUACUAGAUUUUUCUUUUUAAGGAAGCGCUGUCCGUUUUUAAGGGUUUGAAAAGCACUUCGAAUUAACUUUUUUUUUUUUUUUACCAUGCGUUUUUUAGAAAUCAUUGGGGUUGUGUGGGUUUUAUUUUUGUUUUUGGUUGUGUUGCCUUUUUUAUUUCCCUUUUUAGUGGGGUCGGCCCUGUGAAGUUGGGAAGUUGGGGCCCCGAUUCAGUUCUCUUUGAGAUUGGACUCUGAGUCCGCUUUGUCGGAAGCUGAGCAAGCUGUGGCUUUUUUCCAAUUCCAUGUACCAUUUCUGAGUGUAGCAUGGUAGGACCCGCCCCAGGGCGGCGGCAGAGGUGCCCAGCUGCCCUGGGCCUGGCUGGUGUGGCCCAUCAGUGCUGUGUAUGACCCACAGUAGCCUUGCAGACGUCCCUGAGAGGUUCUUGGAAAUGUUUAUUUAUAUUGUCCUUUUUUACUGGAAGACGUAUGCAUAUCCCAUUAAUGUUGUAUUUGAAGUGGUUAAGGAAUUCUUGUACGCAGUUUUCUUUGGCUUCACGAAGCCGAUUAAAAGACCGUCUGAAACGAA